GGCUCGAGGGUCUUCGGGCCGAGCCCCCGGCCACCAGACGGCCUCGCCGUUCUGCCCAGGCCUCACGGGCGAGGCUGGAGCGCUUCGAGGGGGCGAUGGGCCUGAGGCGGCCGGCCAACGGCGGCGAAGCGCAGGCCCCGCUGCUGGGCGCCGAGGAGGACGCGGGCGACGACGACGAGCACGAGGAAUUGUCGGGGGGCGAUCCCGAGGCCCCGCAACAUGAGCCGCUGGGCGGCGGCGAGCUCGCCGCUCUGGACGCCAGGGCGUCCCCGCCGCCCGAGGCCGCAGGCGCCGCCAACUGCGGUGGCGGCGGCCCGCCGCGGCCACGGGGCCGCUCGUCGACGCCCUGAGGCCCGCGC